AUGGUGCAAUUCGACGAAGCGAGACAGUUAAUGGACGAGAUGAUGAAGGCGACGAUCUUCCAUCCGUCCGAGAAGCGUCGGAUGCUGGAAGACGAUAGGAAAACAUUCCUGGAUCCGAAUCUGAUUAUGGACGCGAGGCACAGAAUAUUUCGCGAGGAACUAUGCAAAUCCUCGAGCAAGGCUGCCAUAUUAGCAGAAGCUAGAAAGUACAAAAUUCUUACAUUACAAUCAUUUUCUCAUUGCAGACUACUAACACAGGAAGAAACGAAGGAACAGCAGUUGAAGAGAGAACAAGCUCUCGUGGAAAGGGAAUUACGCAAAUUUGAGCAGGAUUUGCAAAAGUAUCAUCCCAAAUGUUGCGGCCCGUAUGCGUGUAGCAAAAAAACUAUAGCUAGUUCAAGUGACGAGGGCUUCUGGAAAAUUCCCAGUAGAGCCGGAGAGAAGGUGAAAUUUAUUUUCCUUAUACAGCGGAUCGUCGUUAAUAAGAGAAGAUGCAAAACAGCCGAACGAAAGGUGGCGAUCGUCAAGAAGAGGACGUUCGCGGAAGUUUCCGAAUCGAAAGAUUCCGUGCAGCCUUCGAUAAACGAGAUCGAGGGAGCACCCUUUGGCACCAUCAAAGUGACCAUCAAGGAUAAGCCAAGCUGCGAGUCGGAGGAGCGACGAUCGCUCAUCCUAAGAUCAUGUUUCGAUAUUUUGCGGGAGAAUGCGCGGGACAAGCGACGACUUCGGGAGAUCAAGAUCAACAUCCAGGACAUUAUGACACGGAGAAGACUGAGGCGAUGCAUUCGCGUGUGGCGGACACAUGUGGAGAAUCUGAAGAGGGCUCGACGCGAGGAACACGCGAAAGCGAACACUAGAGAUUCCGACGCUCGCAAGAUCGACACGCUCAUUGGCAAUAUCGUGGAGAUGCAGAAGGAGAUGACGAAGUGCCGUAAAAUGGAGUCAAAGGAUUUCUCUCCGAGCGGAGCGCGAGACGCGAAUGCCAAGAAGAGGAUUCCAUCCUGCAAACCGUUCGUCGUCGAGUCGCCGGCGCAAAAUCGGUUGAAUGCUCAGAAGGAGAUCAUACGCAAGCAGAGGAUGAAACUGGCCGAACAGAGCAAGCUCAUCGAGGAUCUGAAGCUGAAGCAGGUACAGGAGGAGAUAACAAAGUCCGGCGAGCAGACUGUGAACGCGGCCAAGGAGACUCUGAUGCACUGCGGUCAGCAGACCAGAAGAACUCUGAUCCAACUGAUGAGACAAGCGGGUUACAGGGACAAGUCCUUGACGGCGCCGCUGCGCGUGCCGAGUCCGCCGCAAUUUUUGGCGCGGAUGGAGGCGCGAGCGGAAGCGCGGAGGAACAGGGUAAAGUCGCGCGAAGAAGCUCGGCGGAAGAAACUGGAGGACGAGAGGAGGCAGGAGGAGGCCGCCCGGAGGGGGGAAGAGCGUGAGAGGAGGAGAUCGCAACUAGAGGCGCAGCGCGAAGCGAGGAGAAUGCGCGAGGAACGGGAGCGGCAGCGGGCGCGCGAGGUAGAAAGGUACGAGAAGCUGAACGCCGCGGCGGAAGCGUUUUAUCGCAAGCACCUGUUGCGACGCUACGUAAUGCAACCGUUCGUCGCGCUCGUCGAGAGGAAGACCAAUAACAUCGGCAAAGCGAACGACCAUUAUGAACGGCGUCUGCUGGGGAAAGCGUUCGCCGGCUGGAGGCUGGAAACGGAACGUCAGAGUCGAAUGAAGAUCGAGCUGGCCGCAUCGUUGUACGACAGAAACAUAUCGUGGUGCAUGCUGCAGCGAUGGAGGGGAUUCGCGAUGGAGGAGAAGAGGAAGGAGCAAGUGGCGAAGGACUUCUCCGACAUGAGACUGCAAAACAAAUGUUUCGAGCUGUGGAAGAUAAGGAGCGUGGAAUAUAAAGCGGAGCGAUUGAGGAGCGAACGCAUGGCCUCGGGAUACUACGAGGAAAAAUUGAAGAUAAAGUACUUUUACAUGUGGAGAAGAUAUCCGAAGAUAGCGCCGGAUAUCGCGGAGAGCGAGCGUGUAAAGAAUACGUGGCGGGAGAUAGUGCAGGAAGUGGUGCCGGAUUUCGACCCCAGGCAGAGAGGUGUACUGAUAGAGGAUUAGUUUGACGAGUUUACACGCGUGUAACGCGGAUUUCACCGUUUCAGACCGUGAAACAACCGGCUGGCAUUGUAUCCGGAUAAGGUAAAGAGCAGCCUAAGUAUGCGUAAGAUGAAGCAGCUUUCUCCGUUUCUUUUUGUCCUCUUCUUCGCAGAAUAAAACGUAAAUCGUCACUAUACACUUUUUGUCAAUUUUAGAUUCUU